ACAAAUGGGGGCUGGGAGUUGUUGAUGGGUUUUUGAUUUGUUCAUGUGCGUAAAUGAGGGUGGAGGGAGGUAGACAGGAAGAAAACAUGCCGAGAGAGAGAGAGAGAGAGUGCACCAGUGCAAGCUUUUGGACAUCCUGACACAACUAGCAGAGGGGAGGCAGAGCAAACUUGACUCGUCUCUUUUUCUUUCUGCACCGUGACCUGCUCGGGAGGAAGGAAGCCAACAGAGACGACGAGAGGACCGGGGAGUUGAGAGAAAGAGAGAAGGAGACCCGAUCCGGUCCGGUGGAAACAAAAACACAGUGGAGGACAAGAGUGUCACCUAUCCAGCAGCCCCGGACGGAAUAGAGGAAGGAAGGGGGGAGAGGAGAGCAAGGCAGAGAGAUAAACCUCAUCUUUUUUUCUUUCUUUUUCUUUUGUUGUUGCAAGGGUGAUCCUGCUUGGAAUGACCCAGUCAUGAUGCCACAGCCGUGCCCCAGAUCCCGCCCAGGUGACCAAGGAGGGAUUGCCUGGCUCUCAGCCAAUCUUAGAGGGGGCGCCAACAGAAUUCUCACCCGUUUGUAUUCAGAGACGUUUCCUUUGGAGAGCCUCCUGAGACACUGACAGUCCGCCUCUGCUGGUCUGUGCUUUCGUGGCUCGCUCUUUCCUGGAGCCCUUCCUGUUUCCUGCUCACCUGUGCUGGGAUGUUGGCGUUGUUUCAUGGCAGCUACCAUGGAGAUGGACGAGUUGCUUUCUUCGGCCAUUUAGACCCAGCUUUCAGAUGCUGUGCCAGAGACGGCUUAUCCACCCACAAUUAGACAAGGACACGCACAGAGGUGGCGUGUGUGGCUGAGGUCACAUGCUUUGAUGACAUCACAGCAGAAACUAUAGGACCUUCCCUUCCUGUGGAACACCUGUAGCUCCUCUCGGUGUUUUGUGAGGACCUAGUUGACGGCGCGGCACAAACGUCACUUAAGACUCUUCCCCCGCAGCAGCAGCACCAUGCGGCACAUACACGUGGAGUUGGCCCACAAGAAGGCUCCGCUAGAGCUUCCAGCACAGGAGGGAGACCUCCCUCCGACGGCGUCCCCGACCCCGGGCAUAGACCCCGGGGUCGGGGCCGGGGCCCCCAGACACUUCGGCCAAGAGGAGCUGCGGCUCCAAAAGGUCUACCAGCUCUCAAUCUUCUCCCAGAUGGGGGGAUUCUCUACCUCCACAGGAGCCUACACUGACGCCCAGCAGAGACCGGUCCGGGUGGGCGUGAAAAGAAGCUCCGACGAGCCCCAGUUGACUCACAAGCGCUCCCACCUGGAGGACUCCUCGGACCUCGAGGUGCAGGAGGGCGGGGUGCUAUGCGGGCCGGGCCCGGUUCAAGGUGUCGGGGCGGGGUCGGACCCCGGGGGGCCCGCCGGUUCCUCGUACUCCUGCAUGCAGUUUGAGCACAGAGACUCCGAGGGAGGGCUGUCACCCAAGUCCCCACCCCUCUCCCCGAGCCACAACCCUUCCCGACGCCCAGCUCAGCACAAUCACGACAGGCCCAUUCCCGACGCGUUCGCUCCCCUCUCGCCCAAAUCCCCCCCGAUGUGCGACCCGCACGGGCAUUUCUGCGACCAGAGCCAUUCCUUCGGAAGCUCAGCCAGAACUGAGACGUCUAACGGGGGCCGCACGCCGACUAACUCACUAGGUAGCCCCGGCCACGACGGCUGCAGCAAUAGCUCGUCGGGAGGCCAGCCCAGCCCCCACUUCUACGAAAUGUCCACGUAUGAAACCCCUAACCCCGCUAGCCCCACCAGCCCCCCGGGCCCGUUCUCCCCCCCACACCACACCGAGCUGCAGGAGCCGGGGGAGGCCACCGAGUGGGACGUGGGAGUGGAAUCCUCUCCACCUGAGCGCAGCGCCACCCAAGCGGCCACCUCCUCCACGGGCCUGGCCUCCUGGGAGAAAACCCCCAGCAGCAACGGCCACCGGCUGUUCUCCGGAGGCCACGUGCCGGCCAAGAAGAGGCUGCUGGCCCCGAGCGACGGAGGAGAGUCCUGCUCGGAGGACGAGGGACCCUCCACGUCAAAGAGGAGCAGGUUGUCCCUGCUGAGUUCAGGAAUGGGCCCGGCCUCGUGUCGUAGCACGGACGCUAAAGCCGCCCCCUACUGGAACCACCUGCUGCCCACGGCCCGGGACCGCCCCAAGGCUGCCACAGACUGCACAAGAUCUGGGAGACGGCUAAAGACUGGGCUUCGGCUCAAGAGUCGGCAGCUGCGCAGCGGCAGGCAGACUGAAACCGAGCGCUCCACGCGUUCCAGCUGGCCCUCGUCUUCCAUCAGCAGAUCGCUACUUGGCAACUUUGAGGAGUCCAUCCUGAAGGGUCGGUUUUCCCCGUCGGGGCGGAUCGAAGGCUUCACAGCGGAGAUCGGGGCCAGCGGCUCCUACUGCCCUCAGCACGUCACCCUGCCCGUGCAGGUCACAUACUACGACAUCUCGGAGCACAGCGCACCCUCGCCCUUCCUGGGCGUGAUAUCCCUGGAAGCUCUUGGAAAGAAAGGCUACAGCAUACCCAAAGCAGGGACCAUUCAAGUGACCUUAUUCAAUCCCAACAAAACUGUGGUGAAGAUGUUCCUGGUGACCUACAACUUUGGCGAUAUGCCCGUUAAUCACAUGACCUUCCUGCGCCACCGCAUCUUCCUGGUGCCGGUGGAGGAGGGCGUGGAGGGGAAGGGCGAGCCGUCUCCAGGGGGCGCGGUGCUCGACAGGAAGAAGAUUCUCUGUUACUUGAUACAUCUCAGAUUCCAGAGCUCCAAAUCUGGGAAGAUCUACUUGCACAACGAUAUCCGGCUGCUAUUCUCCCGUAAAUCCAUAGAGGUGGACACAGGGAUCCCGUACGAGCUGAAAUCUUUCACCGAGGUGCCAAAAAACCCUAAAUACUCCCCCCGUGUGUGACCCACGGCCCGGCCUUCUGAAGGUCUCCGAUGCCAAUGCAGCCCCUCCUGUGCUUCUCGAAGAGGAGGAAGGGAAAUGGAUCGCAACAAUGAUGGACACAAAGCUUGAUAAGACUUGAUGAGAUUUGCCACAAGCACACAAGACACAUGCAGCGUCGGUCUUUGGGAAGGUGUCCCCCCCUUUUUAAAGUCUCCCCCGGAGAGUCACAUCGAAGAUGCUGCAGAGACAAACGUGGCAGUUUUUCUUUCAUUCAUUCACUGAAAAAUAUUCGGAAACGUAAUCUGGCUACUUUCCAGCAUACACUCAUCAAAAGCAGGACUUUUCUCCCCGAACGCCUUCUUCUGUACAAGGAAAGAAAUGCACAGACACUGACACACCAAAAUAGACUGACAAACUCAUGCACAUGACGUACUAAAAGUGUCAGAGCAGGAACACUUUUAAUAGCAGCUCUCUCUCCGAGUUCAGUGUUAACAUGCAUGCCUUGUGACUUAAACACCGGAAUUUUCCUCUAGUGCCGUUUCACACUGUCCUUCACUCUGCCUGCAGUGUCAGCUGCCUCAUUGGACCAAAAAAUGUAGCUCUGCAUUUUUGGAUAUCACAACAACAACAAAAAAAAGAAAAGAAAAUGAACAAAGCACUUGUAAAGCUCUGACGAGAGAAGAUGAACAGGGAGACAAACACUAGUGAACGUGAGAGCUGUGACAGAAAUGGCCAACACGACUCAAUAUCUCGUGCAACACAACUUGAUUUAAAACCACAUUGACCUAAUUUGACCCAACUCAGGAGUCUAUUUCUCUUCGUACCAUUUCACCUGCCACAGUAGAGAUCACUGUGUACUUAUGGGAGUCCAGUUCAUUCUACGUAGCCAGACUGAGGGACACUGUGCUGUUUUCAUUUCUUUUUUUCUCUUGUUUUUUUUUUUUUUUCCAAGAUUCUGUUCAAAGCAGUGUAAAGCCGGAGCAGAUGUUCAGAAAAAAAAAAAAAAAGACGAUCCGUAGUAUCUUUAAUUUAUGUUUUUUCGCAAAUGUCUUAAUAAGCAAUAUGCUGCACAAAGUAGAGUGUGUUUUUCAGCUUGGACAAGCUUUCUUUUGGAGGGGUAGGAAGAGGAAAGCGAGGAAUGGAGAGU